ACACUGCAAUAUUUGUUGCUAGAGAUCGUGGCGACUGUUCACUGACUUCUGUCAGUUUUAGAAAGUAAAUGAGUUCUUCGUGUGAUAAUUAAAUUUGUGAAUUAAAUUUGCAGGGUUUUUCAGAAGAAGUCAUUUACUAUCAGUCAAAAUGUCGACCUCAGGGGAUUUUGGAAAUCCUCUUCGUAAGUUUAAGUUAGUUUUCUUAGGAGAACAAAGUGUAGGAAAAACAUCCCUAAUAACGAGGUUCAUGUAUGAUAGUUUUGACAACACUUAUCAGGCAACUAUAGGCAUUGAUUUUUUAUCAAAAACCAUGUACCUCGAAGAUAGAACAGUAAGACUUCAGCUUUGGGAUACAGCAGGUCAAGAACGAUUCAGAUCCCUAAUACCUUCCUAUAUUAGGGACUCCACUGUUGCUGUUGUAGUAUAUGACAUAACAAAUGCCAAUUCUUUUCACCAAACAUCCAAGUGGAUAGAUGACGUUAGAACAGAGAGGGGUAGCGAUGUAAUAAUAAUGCUUGUGGGCAAUAAAACAGAUCUGUCGGAUAAAAGACAAGUUAGUACCGAAGAAGGGGAAAGAAAAGCCAAGGAAUUGAAUGUGAUGUUUAUCGAGACCAGUGCAAAGGCGGGUUAUAAUGUUAAACAGUUAUUCAGAAGGGUAGCAGCGGCUCUGCCAGGAAUGGAUUCCACAGAAAACAAACCCCCAGAAGACACUGUGGACUUACAAACCCAACCGCAACUGCAACACGACCAACAAGAUUCUGAGGGAGGAUGCAUGUGUUAAACGACAUUCCCAAAUUUGGUUGACACGGAUUAGUUGUAAAACCAAGUAGCCUCUGCCUUCGUUGAAGUUUUCAUGCUAAUAAGUGUAAACUUUAUUUGCAACUUGCACUUUUUCAUGUGGCAUCAAUUUUCCACAUAGGAUUUUCAAUUCAAUAACUGCAUAUAUGUAAUAAGACUUUUAAUAAUGUAUAAAUUGAUUAUUAUUAUUAUUAUGCAAAUUUUCUAUUAAAAUGAUUUAGCCUA